GGCGGCACAAAAUGGCGGCGGCGCCUGGCGCGGGCCCGCCUGACCCCUGCGCUUCCGUCCUCUCUCGUCUGCAGGUGGCGAUGGCAACGGGGCAGGUGUUGUUUCAUCGAUUUUUCUACUCUAAAUCUUUCGUCAAGCACAGCUUCGAGAUUGUUGCCAUGGCCUGUAUUAAUCUUGCAUCAAAAAUCGAGGAAGCACCUAGAAGAAUAAGAGAUGUGAUUAAUGUAUUUCACCACCUCCGCCAGUUGAGAGGAAAAAGGACUCCAAGCCCCUUGAUUCUUGAUCAGAACUACAUUAACACCAAAAACCAAGUUAUCAAGGCAGAGAGGAGGGUGCUAAAGGAGUUGGGAUUUUGUGUUCAUGUCAAGCAUCCUCAUAAGAUCAUUGUAAUGUAUUUACAAGUCUUAGAAUGUGAACGUAAUCAAACCCUGGUUCAAACUGCCUGGAAUUAUAUGAAUGACAGUCUUCGAACCAAUGUUUUUGUUCGCUUUCAACCAGAGACUAUAGCAUGUGCUUGCAUCUACCUUGCAGCUAGAGCACUUCAGAUUCCAUUGCCAACUCGGCCCCAUUGGUUUCUUCUUUUUGGUACUACGGAAGAGGAGAUCCAAGAGAUCUGUAUAGAGACUCUUAGGCUUUAUACCAGAAAAAAGCCCAAUUAUGAAUUGCUGGAAAAAGAAGUAGAAAAAAGAAAAGUAGCCUUGCAGGAAGCCAAAUUAAAAGCAAAGGGAUUGAAUCCAGAUGGAACUCCUGCCCUUUCAACACUUGGUGGAUUUUCUCCAGCCUCUAAGCCAUCAUCACCAAGAGAAGUAAAGGCUGAAGAAAAGUCUCCAAUCUCCAUUAAUGUGAAGACAGUCAAAAAAGAGCCUGAGGAUAGACAACAGGCUUCCAAAAGCCCUUACAAUGGUGUAAGAAAAGACAGCAAGACAAGUAGAAACAGCAGAAGCGCAAGUCGAUCAAGGUCAAGAACACGAUCACGUUCUAGAUCACAUACUCCACGAAGACAGAGUGGCGUCCGUUGUGUGGACCUUGAACUCCGUGUAUCCCCGCAGCGUAGGCAGCUGGAAGCCACAGUCUGACAGGAACCAUCUGUGACGCCGAAGGGAGGAAUCGAACUCAGGACCUUGUGCUUCUAAGGCAGGUGGCGGCACCACUGAGCUAAAUCCCCGACUCUGAAAAUAUUUCUUAAUUCCAGCGUUGCCUCCGCAUUUAUUGGAUGUAAUCUCAGUGUAAGAGUUUGUCCAUCUCCCUCUUUUAUUCCAUUUGUGUCUAUAUUUAGUCAAUAUGAACUCAUUCCUUAGAGUUAGAAUUUAUUACUGUUACCAUCAAAUUUUUCCAGAUACUUUAUUUCCUUUAUGUCCGUUAAGAUGGACACUUUAAAAUCCUUUUCCCACAUGGGUGAUUUUAAAAGAUUCGUACCGUCUCUGCUUUCUGAUGUGUGGGUAUAACCAGAAGCCCUUGAGAACCUCAGCAUUGACUAGAGGGGAUGAAGUGACUGUGAAGGUCAAGAUAACUCCACUCCCAAAGCGUAGGGCUUCUCACAAAAACUUUCCAGAACAACUAUCCCUUUUGUCCAGGACAACCUUCCCAUGCACAGUUAGUUGCCAUACUCCAAUCUUUCACUCCAGUGCCCUUUGCUUCUGGUACGUCAGUAAGAACUACGGUUCCUACUAGAGGUCACCAUUUGGCUAUAUGCAAUGGAUGAUCUUCGAGUUUCCAUUGGGAUCCCCCUGUUGCCAAAAUCAAGUUGUCUUUAGAUGUAUCUCUACCUAAGCCAUAUUUAAGGCCCUUAGUCCUGACUUGAACACUUGAUAACUCUGAAGAUACACGCUUUUGUUAAAAUCUAGCGGAAUAAAAAUAGCAGCAACUGGGCGUGGAGGCACAUGACUGUGAGCCCAGCGUUUGGGAGGCUAAGGCAGGCAAAUAAAAUGUUUAAAGCCAGGGAUGUAGCUCACUGGUUCUGC